AUGUCAGGGGCCUCUGUGCGCUUCUCGGAAAACUUCUUAACGGGGUCUAGCGAGCUCAAGGAUGUGCAAGAGCUACUCGAUUUCCACAAGUAUCUCGUCCAAAGCCUCGGAGAAGACCUCCAGAAGUGUGCUACUGAACUUGAAAAGGUGAAGGAGUUGUCAGGUAACCAAGAGGUUCAGAUCCAUACUCAGCAGACUAAGAUCGAGCGUUUUGUCUACCAAAACACUGACUUGAAGCGCAGGGUCGCUGAGCUCAAAAACCAGGUGCGCGAGGAUAACAGCCGUAUUGAUGAGCUGGUGAAGGCCAUCAAUUCACUGCGGAAUCGUAAUGAUCAAACUAAUGACGCCCACAGCGGACCAAUACCACUAGACGGCAUCGUCAAGGACGCGCUGAUUGAGCAGCUUGAGGGUGACGUGGAGCGGCUCACGCAGGAUGGUUUCAACCACGAUCGCGAUAUGCAAAAUCUAGCCUCUACGCAUCGGCAAGUGUUACACGAACUCGAUAAGCAGGUGUAUGAUCUGCUCGGCGAGCUGGAGCACGAGCGCUAUAUCGUCGCAAAGAACAUGGCCGAGCUUAUCGAGAUGACCAAGCUGAAGGAGGCUGUAGAAGAAGAGCUACAACAACGAAUCGUCCGCGAUGCCCUUGGCUCUCAAGGUACGUCUACGUCCAACAACGCAGAUGCUCAGUCAGAACAGCUCAAACAAGCAAUGACCUACACAGAGGAGCUCUGCCAUAGCCAAGGUCUUUUUCAAAAUGGCAAGGAGGUAGAGCUCUUCCAUCUCUCUAACCUUUGCAGUCUGGCUUAUGCACAGGAGGAGACGAUCGCUCGCCUGCGUGCCGCCAACGCGGAGCUCCUAGCCGCUAGCAUUCAGUCGAAGCAGGAGAAGGAGCAAGUUGGUUCGAAGGUCUCUGCUCAGGGAAAGGACUCGCCUGAGACGUCUGGGAGCGGACGUCCUGAUACUCCUCGCCUGAAUGUUACAUGGGAUCUACCUCUUCGCAGCGACUCUACUGCUGAGCCUACUACACCGUCUAAGCACUCUAAGUUGCGAAAGCGGAACUCCGUCUUCCAUUCCCUCCGUGACUUGGGUCCUCGCACUGCGCCUCUUCCAGGUACUUCUCCUCCAGAUACCCUCCGCACGCCGUCCACGCCCUCAAAGCGCCAUGUCCUGUCUCACAAACUCCGCUACUCCCUCUCCCUCAGCAAGCCCGCCUCCAACCCCGAGCCCUAUAAGAUUGAGCAGCCCCGCUUGCUAUCCGCCGCUGCGCAGCAAGCAGCCAUGCAGCACGAACACGAGAAGCAAGCGCUCCAAACCGAGGUCGCGGGCUUGAGGCUCCAACUCUCCGAGGACGACGAAGCGAGUCAGGAGUUGAUGGAUGUGGCGGAGGUUGCUUCGCGAACGUCUUCGGGUUCUGAUAAUGAUGGGUAUCGCGGACUGGGUACGAUUGGAAUCGGUGAGGCAGCGGAUAGGCUUUUCAAUAGCUAUCGGGCUGUGAGGGAAGGUGGAGAGACGAUGGACGGGGAGCGUCGGCCUUCGGCAGAAGAGGAGACGAAGGCAUAUUCGUAUCUUUUUGGUGAUAUUCCUGUUGUGUUGGAGGGCAUGAGGGUCACGAGUUCCGAGUAG